GCUUCUACUACAAUAGGUGAAUGUCUUCUAAGAGAGAUGAGACGGGAGAGAGAGAGAAGACCUGGGCAACCCCCAGACUGACUCAUAGACCCAUGGGAGUUUGAAGUGACAGAAUAAAUCUACAGAGAGACGAGGCUCGGGAUAACAUUUCAUAAAGCUGAGAGCAGAGCUGAGACCUCAGGAGAGACUGCCACACACACACAGCAUCCACAUAAAGACAUAAAGUUGGAGUCAUUGUCAUGUUUGUGGUCUUACUGAUCCUGCAUGCCAUCUCGGGUGCCCGUUCUCACGGGCCACCGCCUGUGAAACAGUGCCCGUCUGCGUGCCAGUGCGAGGAGGAUGGCAUCUUACUGCUUGUGGACUGCUCUGAACAAGGAUUAUCCUCCGUGCCAAGUGACCUAAGUCCUUUUACAUCUUACCUGGAUCUCAGCAUGAACAACAUCAGCGAGAUCCAGCCCAAUGGUUUCCGCAAUCUACACUUCCUCAGUGAACUGAGGCUUUCGGGCAACCACCUGAGACACAUCCCUGGCUCCGCGCUUCAAGGCCUCUACAAUCUCAAAGUCCUGAUGUUGCAGAAUAACCAGUUAGAGAGACUGCCUGGUGAAGAUCAUUGGGAAUUACCCAAUUUACUUUCUCUGCGUCUGGAUGCCAACCUGAUCACGGAGGUCCCAGCAAGGACCUUUUCAGGCAUGCGCUCACUGCGCCACCUCUGGCUCGAUGACAAUGCCCUAAAAGAGAUCCCGGUGGCCGCACUCAAUGAUCUCUCCUCACUGCAGGCCAUGACCCUCGCCCUAAACCGCAUCACCCACAUCCCAGACUUCGCCUUCAGGAACCUAUCCAACCUAGUUGUGCUGCAUCUUCAUAACAACAUGAUCCAGACUCUCGGACAGAACAGCUUUGAGGGACUCCACAGCCUAGAGACUCUGGAACUGAAUUUCAAUGACCUUCAAGAGUUCCCUACGGCUAUUCGCACGCUGGCUAAACUUCAGGAACUGGGUUUCCACAACAACAACAUCAAGGCCAUUCCUGAGAGAGCGUUUGUUGGGAACCCGCUUCUGCAGACCAUUCAUUUCUAUGAGAAUCCCAUCCAGUUUGUUGGCAGAUCAGCAUUUCAGUUCCUGCCCAAGUUACACACUCUCUCUUUGAACGGGGCCACUGAGAUCCGACAGUUUCCAGAUUUGAAAGGAACCACCAGCCUGCAAGUCCUCACGUUGACCCGAGCUGGACUGACGGGCCUGCCAUAUGAUCUCUGCCACCUCCUUCCUAAAUUAAGAGUUCUUGAGCUGUCUCAUAAUGUGAUCGAAGAGCUGCCGAGUUUCUACCACUGCGCUUCUCUACAGGAGAUAGGCCUACAGCACAAUCUGAUCAGACAGAUUGAGAUGAACACAUUCCAACAACUCAACAACUUACGCUCACUGGAUCUGAGCUGGAACAGGAUCGAAACAAUCCAUCCGGAUGCCUUUUCCUCCCUGCAGACUCUUGUUAAACUGGACCUGACCGGUAAUAGGUUGACCAGUCUCCCACUAGCUGGGCUAACCAGCCUCACUCACCUAAAGCUGAAGAGCAACAUGGCACUCUCUCAUACAUUCAGAGAAGAGGACUUCCCCAACAUAAGGGUCGUAGAGAUGCCAUAUGCCUAUCAGUGCUGUGUAUUUGGAGCCUGCAGCAGUUACAAAGCAGCCAGUCAGGGGGAAGAGCAGAUGGGCAGUGAGGAGGAGGAUCUUCAGAAGAAAGCUUUGUCUCUGUUCCCCAUUCACACCGACAACAACUAUGACCUUGAUCUGGAGGAAUUCCAGUUGGCUAUUGAGGAGUCCAAACUACAAACCAGCAUACAGUGUUCCCCUAUUCCAGGUCCAUUUAAACCAUGUGAUAACCUGUUUGAUAGUUGGAUGGUACGCCUCGGAAUGUGGCUCAUCUCUCUAGUCUCUCUGAUAGGAAACAGUCUUCUCCUCUUGACAGUGUUUGCCUCUCCCAGCUAUCUUUCACCUGUCAAGUUCAUCAUCGGCAGCAUCAGCAGCACCAACCUGCUGACGGGCCUGUGCACCGGUACCCUGGCGCUAGUUGAUGCUCGGACAUUUGGGGAGUUCGCCCUGCACGGUGCUCAAUGGGAAAUGGGUGCCGGUUGCCAGGCAACAGGCUUUCUUUCAGUGCUGGCCUCAGAAGGCUCCAUACUCUUCCUCACCUUGGCCGCAGUGCAGUGCAGCGUGUCAGUGUCGUGUGCCCGAGCCUAUGGAAAGUCACCCUCUCUGGCAACCGUGCGCGCUGCUGCAGUAGCAUGUUUGGCACUUUCACUGGCAGUUGCUGCUUUGCCCUUAAUAGGGGUUGGGGAGUAUGGUGCAACCCCCCUCUGCAUGCCAUCACCACUGCCAAAUGGAGUGCCCUCCACACUCGGCUUUAUGGUGGCCCUGAUCAUGAUGAAUUCCUUGUGCUUCUUAGUCAUCACCGGAACGUAUAUCAAGUUGUACUGGGACCUGAUUAAAGGUGACUUUGACAGCAUUUGGGAUUGCGCUAUGAUCAAACAUGUGGCCUGGCUCAUCUUCACCAACUGCCUGCUCUACUGCCCGGUGGCCUUCCUCAGCUUCUCCUCCCUUCUGGGACUCUUUCCUGUAAGCGAGGAGGUUGUCAAAUCAGUUGUCCUUGUGCUUCUUCCUCUGCCGGCCAGCAUCAACCCUUUGCUCUACCUAUUCUUCAAUCCACACUUCCGUGAAGAUGCGCGUCUCCUCUGGAGCAGAGCUUACCUACGCAAUGACCGCAACUUGGAUUCCUUUGUCUCUGUUGACACAGAAAAGAGCUCGUAUGACUCCACACAAGCUCUGGUGUCAUUUGCCGCAGAAGCAGAGUUUGAGGGUUCAUCAGCACCAACCCAAGAGACAGUCACACGAUUUUCUUGCCCACCCUCAGUGCAGCUCAUCCCGUGCCAGCUGCAGACGCAACCCUCAACGGAUAGGGAAAAUGUUGGAGAGAACAUGGCCAGGUCUACACCAGGACUUUCAGAGAAGCAAGAAUUUCAGAGAAGCAGUGGACUUGGCACUAAUAAUGGAAGCCUUCUCUCUGGAGUCUACAACUCCCCACUUCUCUCAUCUCAUCCUUAAGUCUUCUUUGAAUAUAUUGAGUUUUCAAGGACCCUUUCAGUGUGAGUCUUGAAUCUUGAGCCUACGUAUGAACUUACCCCUGAAACCAUCAGAGCUAUUGAACAAUGAACUACAUUGGAUUUGGGAAAAAUGUACCUAUACUUAAAGUCCCAAUUGCUACAUGACAUUCUAAAAAAAGGGGAAACAAAUUCCUUUUUGCAUAUUGUGAUCUCAUGGGCCUUAUAAUAAUUUAUGCAACAAACUGAAAUGUACAAAAAUUUUAUUUUUUAAAACUUUUGUUUUGUGUGAUACAGGUAUUACAGAAUACAGAUGACUCUUAGGGAAUGUUAGCACAACAACAAUUGUACAAAAAUGGAUGUGUCUUAAAAAAAAUGUUUUAACAUACAUACCACAAUGUCGCCAAAACAAUCCAUGUUCACACGGAUCAGAGAAAACAACUAAAAACACUGUAUUACGUGUGCCAGUCCAGUAGGUGGCGAUGUUAUUUUGUAAAGAAAUACCACACGCCUCACACAUACGCUUUCUUCUAAAGAGCGAUAAAUACAAACAAUUAAGACAGUGAAAGUAUUUUGAAAUUUUGUUUAGAUAGUAGGGUGACCAUACGUGCCAUUUUCCCUAUGACACGUCCUGGACAAAAUUUCGGGUGCGUCUUCUGGAAGUCGUAUUUGAUGACCACAUAUGUCAUCGAGGUUCUCAGAUUUUAGUUUUUAUUCUUACCUUGAAAUAUUAUGUUUGCUAGGGUGACCAUACGUGCCAUUCUUCCCGGACGCGUCCUGGCCAGGAUUUCGGUGUGUCUUCCAGAAGUCGUAUUUGUUGACCGCAUACGCAAUUCAGUUAAAAACAUACAAUUGUAGUUUCAUUCUUACCUUAAAAUGUAACGUUGCUUUUCUGUAAUAAUAAUAAUCCUCUAUGACGUAUGCGGUCGACAAAUAUGACUUCCGGAAGACGCACCCGAAAUCCUAGCCAGGACGCGUCCAGAAAGAAUGGCACAUAUGGUCACCCUAUGUUUGCUUUUCUGACAUGGAACCUGAAAUAAUAAGACGCACCCAAAAUCAUGGCUAAAACACGUUCCGGAAAAAUGGCACCUGUAGUCACCCUAAUAGACAGACAAUGAUGUAGGUUGUUUUACUUUCCUUGUACUAUGAGUUUUGUAAACUUUGUUGGAGAAGCGUUAAUAAAUUUGAGCAGCACAUACGCAGUCCUGUAGGCCGCCAUUGUUAUUAUGAUUGUAAAGUACUCAGCCAUCGCUGUAGACUGAACACGUAAUACAAAUUAACCGUUUUUACAGAUUUACGUUGUACCGAUCGGUAUGUGACAUCAUAGUACCGUGAGAGGAAUUCAAAUCAUUCUUGCAGUAAUAUGAUGUCACACGCUGAUUUAUCUGUGCAACGCUGCAUUAAGUCGAGCAAGCUGUUUAUGCAGGGCUCCAGUAGCACAGUGACCCCCCAUCUGAAAAUUUUGAAUCAACAUGCUAAGCAAAUAUUCACAUUUAUUUUAAUUUCCACUAUAUUACUAAUAAGUACUUUAAUAAUAGAUGCCGAAAGUACAAUGUGCCGUUUUCAAAUUCAGUGUCAAAUACCAAAAAAGUGUCAAAUUUACUGGUCGCACAUGUGCGACUGGAUGUAAAAUUCAGUGGCACACUCUCAAAUUUUCGUAGCAAAAUGCCACCAUUUUGUGGCAGUCUGGAGCCCUGUUAUGGGAGAGACCCAAUGAGUUGAAUCAGGCGUAUUUUAGAUAGCGAGACACCUAAAACAUUCUGGAAGGGGAGGUGAGGGGGUGAGGAUUGGAUUUGAGAAACACUACCUUAAAAAAUGUGCUGGGAUUAAUACAAAUUGAGCUUUAUUGACAAUGCUUUUGAUUACCACAUGCAUUCAUUUAACAAAUUUGGGCUCAAAUAUGUGUGCAUACGCAAUGUCAAUCCCCUUGAACAGUACACUCACCAAUAAAAGACAAUUUAGACAACUCAAAUAACUUUUAUUUGUACGUAACAAUCAUUAUCAAUUUAUUAUCAGCGCUUCAAGCUGCAAAUAAGCUGGAAGGUCUCCUUUAAAGGCUUUUAUUUUAAGUACAUUCCUAUAGUUUACGGUAACUGAUGGUUUAUUUUUUCACAAACUGGUGGGCUGGAGUUGUCUGUGGUAAUCAACAGCAUAUGCCACUGAUGCUGUCAAACUGGCUUGUUUAAAAACCUGGAGCAUUCCUAACAUUAGGAUUAUAUCACAGGUACAGUCGCUGAUGUAAAGAAUAAAUCUAAUAUUUUAAUGUGAAAAAUGUUUCUAUUACAAACUCUGUAUGUAUUCAAACUUUUAUGCAUUCAUUUUUAAAUGUAUAUAUAUACACACACACAAAGUCAUAAUUGCAUUGUACUACAUUUUUGCAAGCUGUCAUUUUUUGUCUGCAAAUGAACAAAAUUGUGGGAAGGUAAAUGCUUGUGUAUAUUUAGUAUAAAAAAAGCACAACAUGUCAAUAAGAACUAAAGCAUACACACUACGCAAAUACACAGACACACAAAAGCAGUCCUAUUCUGUUGUCCUGUUAUAUCUCACUUAAACCCCCCCAUCUGUUACUUAUUUUUCUUAUGCAAUUUUUCAUCUUAAUAUUAAUUUGUAUUAUUAUUGUAACAGUACAUUUUACUACUACACAGUAAACCUAUUUUGCUGCCUUACAAUUUUAAGUAUAAACAAACUGGCAUUAAGUUAUUUCAACUUACUAUUUAAAAUGUGUUUUACAUUAAUUCAACUUAUAAAAUAAGUUAAGCAAUUUCAACAUAUUUUUAUUACAAUGCAAUAUUUUUGGGUAGCACAGAUUUGUGUUUAUAUGUACUUGUGUGGUGUGUUUUAUGUCCAACAAAAUUUGUUUUCAGAACGUUUCAGAGAUGUUCUGCAUUUCUAUUUUAACAUUAAGACAGCAUUAUAAAGAAAGAGAAAUUUGUGAAAUAUUAAACAUGUCUCGGUUAUAAAAUUGAAGAUAUAAAGUGAACUAUGAGCGAUUUGAUUAGGUUGUAAUAAAAUGAUGGUCCUUAGCUGUUGUAUUGUAAAAUAUAACUACCUCUGAUCUAGCAUGCUAUACUUUUUAUCCCUAUUGAUUUAUUUCUAUACUUUUAUAUUAAAUGUAUAUUAAAAUGUAAUUUUAUAUUGGAUUAUAAAGAUCUUUGUACAACAAACACACUAUUCUGGAUGUAAAUAUUUUUUUAUAUUUCUGUAUACAUGUGAUGAAAGAAUGAUUUAAUAAAGUUAUUAGUUUCAUAAA